AUGGAAUCAACAUGGCGGCUUACCAGGAUGUUGUCGCACCUCAUCAAGACUGGCCCGUAAGUUCUGUUUUAUGCUGUUGUUAAAAAACUAUUACGAUUUAUUCUUCUGAAGCUAAUAAAUUCAAUAUCUAAAAUGUGUCAGGGUCGUACAACGUAAACAUCGAUAAGUGCUAAAGAAAUACUCUCGAAGCUGUCGAUAUGUCCAGACACAAACGUAGUUCUGCCCUGCACCAUAACUUUUUAUGAAAUAUCUUGUUUUCCAUCAUCCUUUGAAUGUCACCUGAUGUUUUUCUUUUCUUUUCUUGGGGCUGAACAAUGUUUGAGGCUUAAUAUAUAAUGUCUUCACAAGACGAACACUGCGGAAGCUUAGCGUAAAUUCCUCGUGACGUCUGCUGCCAAGAAAGUUACGCUAAUGUAUUCAAGUUCUUUAUUUGCCAAUGAACUUUUCACCUUGCAGGCAACUGUCAUGGCAGUGGAUUGUACGGGCCAGUUUACUGUACUAGGAUCGUAAGUGACCGUGAUAAUGUUACUUAUAUACCCCCUCUUAAGACUGUGCUAUUCUUAAGCCCAAGAGCCAGCUGUGAACCGGUACAUUUAAAACCCAGGGUGUCCAGCUUUUACAUUAGACCUAAAACUUAAGAUAUCGUCAAAUUUUGCAAAGGCAGUUUAGCUUUAGCUUUGCUGCCAGUUCACAGCGAAUGCCAUCAGUUGCAUCUAAAAGCCCCGCGCUGUAGCUACUUUUUGGGCUAUGUCGCUUGUUGGAAUUUACCCCGGCAGGGCCUCUCUAAGCGUGGACAUUUGAAGUUUUACAGCCAUUAAAGCAAACUGCCACACCAAAGGUUAAGUUGUUUACAUGUUUUUGAUCAGCUCAUUCCACUCAUCUUUUAUUUUUCUCAGUUUUCAGUAACAUUUCUCACUCAGAAACAGCACACUUGCUUUUAAGAAUAUUAUUGUUUGGAGUUUACAACUCCAGAAAUUCUUUGUAACGUCUUGCUUUGAUAUUACUUUGUUGAUCGAAAACAAAUCAAGGCAACAAACAGCUGCCUUAUCUGUCUGUGAACAUUCAUCUAUUGCCACCCCAAACUUCAACAGUUCGGUGGCAAAACAUGCCAUGUUUUCACACAAUUAGAACAUGUUUUUCGUUUUGUGUAAAUGCUUAGAUGCAACCAGUGGUAUUUGGAAACAACUGAAACAAAACAACCUUUUGCUUCCAGAAUCAAGGCCCUCUAGUGGGUUUCAAUGCUGAUCGUGGCUAUUUCUUUUCACAGGAGGAAGGGACUAGCAUUUGUAGACUUGAAUGCUCCAAAUGUAAUCACUAAAAAAGUAACAAGAAACAGCAAAUGGGAAUGUGGAGCAAUAGAGUGGAACCCUCACCUUUCGCAUGCAAAUAUCUUUGCCAAUGCGGUCAGUAUUUUUGCUUAGCACUUCCUCAUGAAUUCAUAUUGUUUUGACACUAUAAUUUUGCACUUGAAACUAAGUAGCUUACCUACCUACCUACCUGCCUACAUUUUUUUUUGCAGUCAAACCAAAAGACAGAGAUUUGGUCCUGGAGAGAUGGCAAUGGUUUACAACAACAAAUUCUCAGAGGUCACACAAGAUCAAUAAGGUAAUUUAAAAGAUUAAAAGAUUAGCAGUAAUUGCAUUGCGAACAUCUCAUGUUUUCUCAACUCAUUUCUUUGGUUAUUGUCAUGCUGAGGUGCUGGGCAAUACUCACUGCUGCGUGCAAAAGGAAGCGUCCUUUGUCCAUACCCACUUUUCAAUUAUUUAUGAGUGCAGAAAAAAACAGUGUUUAUCAUUUUCAGGGCUGUCACUCACUUUUGAAAAUAGCUGGGAAAUUGAAAACAGUAGUGGGGAAUUUGAACUUUCCUUCUAGUCGGUGAUUGAAAUUCUACAAGUUAGGGCUUAGGCAUUAAGGACCUCCUGCCUUAAAUAGAAAUGGUAUGAAUGUCUUACAAUCAUUAAAAAUUUCCUUAUAGGUGGCUAAACAUAAUUUAGGCAAAGUUAACCUGGAAGCAAUGUUGGUCUGCAGUCUUCCAAACUUUACUGGGGUUGAACCGAUGCCUCUAGCAGGGGCACCUUGUGACUUGUAUACACAGCUGCUUGCUUGCAGUUUUUCGUAAAGUAUUGGUGAUGAGUUUAACUUAGGAUCUGAAAUUUCCUUGGCCUCUGCUAAAUUUUUUCUCCCCUUUCAUUUUUUUUUUCAUUGUUACAUUAUUAAAAAAAGUAUGGUUAUUCAUUAACAUUAUUAUCCUCUAGUAUUGCUUUUUUCCUUUCUUUGUAUUCAGUGAUCUUAACUGGUCGUGGUUUGACCCUCAUCUUCUCUCCACCUGUUCAAUGGAUCAGUUCAUCUACAUCUGGGACUUGAGGUCAGAAGGAGGUGUAGAUAAUAUCAUAGGCAGCAGAGCAGGGGGGGGGGGGGUCUGUAGCUCCCCCAAACAACUCAGUGGGGUGUCAUAUGGCUUUCUUCCAAAAUCAGUAAAAGCAGAGUGACUACUAAAGUGUGAUAGACAUGUUACUUUAUGUUAGCUUUCCUUCUAAACCUAAGCACUCUCCAAACAGACUUAUAAUCCUGGGAGGGGCUACUCCCAUAUAAAAGUGACAGGGAUGCUUGUCUGAAAAUUAAAAUACGUUAUUAUUGAACCCCGAAGGGAGAUCAAUGUGGGUGUGGCUCAAGCUUAAACUGACCCCUAAAGGAGUCCAUACUAAAACAGACACUGCAUUUUUCAAACAUUUCUUCAUUUACUGCCCUAAUUGAUAACUGAAUGGGCAAAUAUAGUGACUUUCUGUUCUAAACACCCUAAUAAUUAGGGUGUUUAGAAUCAAAGUCUGCAAUUUACAUCCCAAAGUGAGAUGAGGAGCAUCCCCCCCCCCCUUGGGUUCAUAAUCUCAGACAGGCUAAUUUUGGAACAAUAAUUGUCACAUCAAAGAUGUACUGGUGUCUGUUGGGUGGACACAGUAAGUUUGUUACACUACAAGGAUUAUUCCUCAUUCAUUUGUGAGCAACUUUCUCUGAAGCAAUGGUCAUCAAGUAUUGAUUUUGUUACGUUUGUUUGAUUGGUGCAAUUCAGUACUGCUAAUACAUGGCUGGUUUUUAUCAUUUUAUGGUCAGUUUGCAAGCAAAGAUCUUGUGGUACUUGUUUAUCCAGGUGAAUUUAAUUUUGGCUUUUCAUUUUCAUGCAUUUUUAGAGAUAGGAAGAAGCCAGCUAGUUCAUUACAAGCCAUUGGUAAGUAUUUAUUGUUCUAUUUCUCUUACACAGGUGUUACAGGUGAAAAUUAAUUUCAGGGCCGAGUUGUUCAAAGCUGGGUUAAGAUAACCCAGGGUUAGUGUGAGAUUUGAAUUCAGAUUUGAAAGCUUAGAAAGCAUUUCAGUUUUAAUUAUUUUUAUCUACAAGUUGAUGAUUGGAAGCUCGAAAAAUAGCACAGAAAAUUAUCUGAGAAAAUACUUUUGAACACAAGGAAAACAAACCUGGGUACUUAAAUUUAACCCUGGGUUAAGCACUAAUCGGCCUUCGAACAACUGGGCCUAGGUUAAAAUUUUUUAACCUAGUUUCAUUCUGAAUUUCCUUUGUCGCCUAGCCCUAAAUAUUAUUCAUAAUUUAGGGCUAGAAGACAAGGAAAUUUAAGAAUUAACCUAGGUUAAAAAAUUGUAACCUAAAUUUAAUUUUGACCUGUAACACAGACAUCAGUCCCAUAUACAGAUUGAUUAGUUUACUUUUGAAGGGGCUAUGUCAUAAGGAUAAGUUUCAAUCCAUGUCUACCUUGUCUUCCAUUGUAACAAAUAGUGGGAAACAGUUUAGAAAUAGCCUAAAGAUGGUCUUAAAUGACAAAACUGGACCAUUAUUUUUGGAAUUCAAUUGAUAUGAAAAAAAGUUAAAUAGCCUUGUAGAAGAGCAGCAAAUAGGGUGGCAUAGCCCUUUACAGGGAUGUAGCUUAAAUUUAUAACAGACGGGAAGUGACAUUUGAUGGGUGGGUAAUAUGAGAAGAAAACAGUUGCCUUUUUAAAGACUGCAGCCAGAAAAAAAUAUGUUGAGAGACGGGUAUUUUCCCCGGUUCACAGCUGUUAUCUACAUCCCUGCCUUUAUGGUGCCCCUUUAUGGAAGCUCACUUUUCCAAUGUGCAUUUUUUGCUGACUAGAUAAACAGAUCUGUGCUUGUCUCAAAUACAUGUAUAGUGUACUUGAAAACUGAAUGUAUUAGUGCUGAACUCCUGGUGCCAGCAAUGACUUUUGUUGGACAUAACUAUUUCCUAGUUUCUGUUAAAAUAAUAUUGUUCUGAUUCUCAAUAGAGUUUAAUACAUAGACUUAAGUAACAUAUUUUUUCGUUGUUUCUAAAUAUUCAGGGCUCUCAUUAAGUUUUCAAGCCGCUGUAGAAAGUAAAGAUUCACCCAUAACAUCUCACAAAAAUUUACAGUUUCACCUUAAGCUUUCCGCUUUGAUCACCCAUAACAUCAAGUGAGAUCACAUUCGUAAUAGGUCUCAUGGGUUAUGGCCGUUAAUUACAGCUCUAAAAAUAAUAAGUAUUUUAUUUUUGUUUUUUAUUAUAGUUGGUGCAUCACAGGUUAAGUGGAACAGAGUAAAUCGUCAUGUGCUUGCUACCAGCCACGAUGGUGACGUUAGAAUAUGGGAUCUCAGGGUCUGUAUCGCAUGUAUCAGGUGUUACAUCUGACUUCAUUGUUUCCAUAACAACCUUUCAUAAAUGAAACACAGGCUUUUGUGACUUAUUUGAUGUUUGCUUUUGUUAACAGAAAGGUAACACCCCUGUGGUGUACAUCACAGCUCACUUAUCAAGGAUCCAUGGCCUGGACUGGUCGCGUUCUUGUGGUACAACUCUAGUGACAUGCAGCAAUGAUGCUACUGUAAAGGUGAGCCUAAACUAGUGUUCUCCAGAAAAUUUGAAGAGGAUGGAGAAAUCACUGACGGCAAUAGAUAUGAUUGAAAGGCACUCUUGUGUCUGGGUAGGUGUGGAAGUGGGAAUUGCCCCUCCUCCACUGGUGGAGUCUGGGUUCCUUCUGGGGUGGCUUGCACCACAGAUGGAACUUAACUUCCGGUUAUGUCCAUCUGCGAAACAGCUUUGAAAUCCUCGUUCUGGGACCCCAACUGUGUCCCAGGAUUUGAGCAUACACCAUGAUUGGCCUGUUAAAAAAGCAUUGUCAUUUUGCCAGUCAGGUUGAAGGGAAGUUCGAAAUGCACUUCAAGUAAUUUGUUGAGUCCACAGGGGGCCCACAACAAGGAUAUCGGCACUGCUUCACAGAUGUUACUAACUGGGGUUAGAUUAUGUCUGAAAGGUAGGCUACUUCUGGGGUUAAGCUGUAGUUUUGGGAUCCCAGAAAAGUGUAUUUCAGUGCAUUUUGUGCAACCAGGAUAAGGACUUGAGUCUCAAGAUUUGUAACUUUAUUUACCGUAUUUAUUCGAAUAAAUUCCUAAAGGCAGAAAAAGUUAAUAAGCACCCAGCCUCGAAUAAGCGCCCACCCCUCCUCCUCAAAAUCAAACUCUCAAAUAAGCGCUUUUUAGUGAAUAAAUUCUACUAAGAGACUUCCCGAAAGCAGAGUAUUUUACAGAAACCUUGCUUUGUUACAGUUUUUUGUUGUUCUGUUGCAAAAUAAACAUACUUCACUUGCUGAAAAUGGUGAAAAUUUAAUAAGCGCCCAAAUAAGCUAAUCUUCAAGGUCCAAAAAUUUAAUAAGCGCCCAGGGCGGUUAAUCGAAUAAAUACGGUACCCAAAUUUGCUUUGUUUCACGCACCAAAGCACUGAGCAGUUCAACUUUACAUUGUUUAAUAAAAACUAUUCUUCUGGCCGCAAUUUUUUUGUUUUCAUUUUUGUCCUGUUUCUUUUAGUUGUGGAAUACUGAACAGCCUCAACAACCAGAGAAUACGUUGAAUGCAAAAUGUCCGGUCUGGAGGGCACGAUUCACUGUAAGUUUACUUUUAUAUUCCCUGCUGUCAGAGUAAUGUUUAAUGAAUUUUAAAUUCUUAAAAGAAAAAAAAAAAAAUUUAAGGAAGUAAUGAUUCUAGGGAGCUUACAAAAACCACAACUGUGACGUGAACAUCACAACAAUUAAUAGGUUUAUGACUAGAAAUUCAUUUCUCGCAAACUGGGAAACUGUUAAGUCCUACAGUUCUUAGCCCACUGUUCAUUUACUUUGCAGCCAUUUGGCGAAGGCCUUGUUACAGUGACUGUACCUCAACUGAGACGAGGAGAGAACAGCUUGUCAUUAUGGAACAUUCUGAACAUGAACUCACCCAUUGCAUCCCCUGUUAACACAUUUGUUGGUCAUAGUGAUGUCGUGUUAGAAUUCCAGUGGAGAUCUCAAAGGCUGGAUGGUGAGCGCUUCAGUAAUUCAUUAACACAUGGGUGGUCAACAAUUUGCGAACUGGCUGGAAGCCCGUUGUUACGUCGUGCUCAUACUAAAAACGCUAAUGAUUCUCUGAUCAAAUCGAACAUCCUUAACAAAGACACCAAAGGCACCGAGCUACUUGUCUGCAUUGUAGCGGCAGGAAUUUUAUGAAGUUUUCGUCCUAUUUUCUGUUGAGUCUGCAGAAGCCUUAGCUUUUUACGUUUGCGUGUCAUAUAUUAUCUUAUUCUUCAUGAUAAGUCGUAUUUCACACUCCUGCUCAAGGCCACACCACUAAAGAUUGCUAACACUUCAGUUGCUUCCAAUUUGACAAAUAAUUUUUUCUCGUUUAUUCAUGCAAUAACUUGACCCUUUAAUUUGUUUAUCAGAUGAUGAACAGUUUCAACUCAUUACCUGGGCCAAGGAUCAUUUUCUUAGACUGUGGGCAAUUGAACCAAGAAUGAUCAUGGUUAGUAUUAAAAACAGUUUCACGGGAUAGUUCACUCAUUUUCAGAAUGGCUAUUAAAUGCCCAGUUUCUUCCUUAGGGCUAUUGAAAAUCUCUUCUUCUUUUGUUUGGGCUUGUAUUCUGCAGGGUAGCAGGGUUUUUUGCAACAAGUUGCAGGAAUUCAAUCAGAUUUCCUUAGUGUGCAACUUUUUGCGGCGACAAAAUUCUAUUGCGGAGACCAAGAUUUUUACAAAAAUUCUCCAGUAUGCACGAGGCGAUUUGUUGCUGCGACGUGUUGCUGCAACAUGUCGCCUUGUGUGUUCCGACCUUUAGAGGCCGAAGCUGCUGGAAAAAACGCUUUACCGAAACCGGAAUCCGCGCAUGGAGAGUCUGUGGCACCCAGGGUAUCCAUAACAAGUUAAAUAUUUUCUAAUUUAGAUAAAGCAAUAACUAAUACUUUUCGUUUACCUACAGGCAUGUAGUGGAGAUGCCACAGAUAAUUUUCCAUCCCGCAACACAAGCGAAACAACUCUGGCCAUAUCUGAUGACUUGAUGGAAUCUGUUCUUUCAGAGUCCGUGAUUAUUGAUUCAGCCGAUGUUCUUCCUAAUAUCGCUGUCCAGCCGCACACUCUACAACAGGAAUUUGCGCUUAUAAAUGUCAACAUUCCUAAUGUCAUUGUUGAGCAGGUAAAUGCUUUCUUCUUCUCUCUCACUGUUUAUUUAAGUCAUUGCCAAACCUAUCAGCGCCUGAGAAAACAGCUGAUAUUUCGGGAGGCCGCCACUGGUUUCCCCGCGAAAUGACGUCUGAGGAAUGAGCGUAGAAAUUCCAUACUGAUGACGCGUCACUACCCAGACUUGAGUAGUGCUUCUGAUUGGUCGUGCCGCGUGGGAAAUUUGAUUCAACCAAUCAGAAGCACUACCCUGAUCUGGGUAGUGACGCGUCAUCAGUAUGGAAUUUCUGCGCUCGUUCCUCCGAAGUUAUUUCGCGGGGAAUCCAGUUUUGGCGUCGCGUUUGAAUGUCCGUUGUUUUCUCAGGCUAUCAACCUAUGUAUGUCCUAGAAAGAGCUUUUGCAAAAUACAAUAUCCUGAAAGUCUGUGGCUCGCGCGGGUAGACGUCUUUCCCGCCUUAGUUUUUUCUGCGAAGAAAGGACUCUUUUAUGAUGGGAGAAAAAUGGCGUCUUCUCGUUCAGGUUUGGUUAAUGAAAAACAGAGCACUUUAUUUGAAUGUCAAUGUACUUAGAAAGAAAGUGCCAAGCAAGGACAUUAUUUUUACGCGGGGCCGCCACUUUAAGAACCACGCAAAGGUCUAUUCGUUUGCAAGGCGAAGAAAGUACCUUCAUUUCUGAGUUAUUUUAAGACCCAGAGUAUUGGUCCGGCCCUGGGAAUCGAACCCACGACAUCAGGCUCUGCAGUCAAGCACCCUACUGACUGAUAUAAUCGUGCCGCGUUUUAUUGUUAUCAACUGCAUUAAGUUAAUAAGUCGUAUUUACGGUAGUCAAAAGAUUCACGAGUUUUGAGUACUAGCCCUUCGUCAGAGAAAAUCAAAACUAGAGCUAGUUUGUUUUGUAAGUUCAAGGAGAAAGGAACCGAGGAUUGAUGUAACAAUUGAACGUUGACUGUAACGUUUUUACAAUUGUAAUAUAUUCUCACCCGGGAACACCCGGACACAAAACCAAAUGAACCUAAAUGCAUUAGAUAUGGGAGAAUCGGCCCGAGGCUUUGCGAGCCGGUGAACCAGGAGAGAAUGCGAGGUAUGCCCAUCGCUGCGGGGAGAAGGGUGGGGUGAGAACUGCUAUAGAGGGUGGCGGGACAUAAACUUUACUAGAACUGGCUGAAUAAUCAAGCAGGCUGUUCUUUAAACUGAGGAACAAGGUCUGUGGGUAUGCCGUGUAUUCUCCCGUGCCACGCUGAAAAUGUUUGCAUCGAAGCAAAUUUAAGCUCUUGUGCGUGUUUUCCCCAGUGAGAAUAGUACUUUGUUUCCAGAUGGAUGCGGGCCACAGGAGCUGUACCGUGUGUGCUACUAAUGGGCCCAAUGUUGUGUCCCUGGUUAUUACGUUCCCUCCUCAGUAUCCCAACCAGGCCAUCCCCUCGUUUGAGUUCACAUCAGACACCUCCAUUGACAAAAAUACCAAGAUCAAACUCAUGAAGGUGAGUUGGGGUGAAAACCUAGCGUUGAAUUUAUUUCUAAAUUGCAUCGAGGGGAAAUUUGUCUCACUCGUUUUCCUUUCUUUGUGUCAGACUUUACGUGAAACAGCUCAAACACAUGUGAAGUUGAACCAGACGUGUCUUGAGCCCUGCCUUAGGCAGUUAGUCAGCCAUCUUGAAGAACUGACGGUGAGUAAGAACUUGUUCUCAAUUUUUGAUGGCUGAUGUUUUUAACAGCCAAUUGUCCCUUCUACAAGAGUGAACGAUUAAUAGAGGUGAUAUCGCUUAGAAGUCGAUCUGUUUUAAGGGAUUUAUUGACAAUUUUGUGCCUCGGAACGCUGGCAACUAGCCGCUAUGUAGCCGGAGGGUGGCCGCUUAAUAGCUCGAUGUUUUGUUGAAUUGCCCUAUGGGGGAUGGGGCUGUUUUGGGGCACUUAUUUUGACCCCAGUCCCUUGUGCAACUUUGUAAUAGCCAGUGAAAAAAGUUAAAGCGUCCUCAAAUCAGUCCCAUAGUGCGUUGCGACUCAACAUUAACCCAGUCCUGGCGCCCAACUUCAAAUACUGUAAACUUGAGCUUAAAAAAAGCGAAUGAAUUCAAAACGUAUUUUUAUCAGCAUUGCUAUGUUGCUUGUUUUGAAAUGCUUUUUCAGUCUGGUUAUAAGCCUUCCUAACUGGCUCUUUACCAAGUUGUUUAACCCUUUAAGCUCCGAUAUCCACAUAUAAAUUCUCCAUACUGACCUUCAUACAUUUCCUUAAAAAAAUAGUUGAGAGAGUUUGAUAACAGAUCAAAGCAUUUUUUCUUUGGUGAUCAUUUUUAUAACUCUCAUAAUCAUUUCUCUUGGCAACAUAUGGAUAUUUUUAGGAGAAAAUUGAUGUUGGUCACUAUCGGGACUUAAAGGGUUAAGCUAAGGGCUUGUAAGGGGAAGUUUACGGUAGCCAAUAACAGAUCGCUCACUAGAGGUUUAACUGUGCUCUCUCAUUCACUCAGCAACAAGAUGAUUUACCAAUGGAACAAUACACCUCAACUGUGCCUCAGCUUCACGGCAGACUCGAUCCAGUGUCCUACGGUAGUUACCUUGAUGCAGCUAUUCCAUUCCCCCGCACUUCUGGCGCGAAAUUCUGUGCUUGUGGUGAGUGGUGAGAGAGCAAUUUUCGUAUGACCUUGAAAAAUGCUUCCGGUAAGUGUUAUUUGUUUUAUCAGCCGAUGGAUGAAAAGAUCAAAACAUGGCCUCUUCGUUUUCCCGCCAAAGAAAACCCUAAUAUGGAGAAGGCAUUGUUCGAUUGGCCAAUCGUUGUUGCAGUUUGACGUCAAAGCGAAAAGCCACGCGCGUUUGUGUCCGUUGGCUAAACCAAUCAAAUCGCUCUAUUUCCGUUCGUUUGUUGUUUCUGCUUUGUUCGCGCGUUUUCAUUUCAAGGUCAUAUGAAAAUCGCUCUGACACAGCAUUAUAACUCUUUCUCUGUCACCAUUGAUAUGUUAAACUGUUAACCGCUCGUUUCGAUACAAAGUCCUACAAGUCGUUUUGGUACGACCUCAGGCACUUAAAUUUCACAAAAAUUUCGAUCAUUUCAAGUACAGUUUGCACGUGAACAAGAAAAAAAUUUGGGGUGGAUAUUCUUCGCCCUAUAAUCCAAGUUCGUGAAACUAUUUACAACGAAAAAACUUGUAUCGAAAGCCGUUAGACUGCAAGCAGUCCCUUUGGAUUGUCCAGGGUUCGUACAGAGUCUUGAAUUCUUCAAAAAGUCUUGAAAUUUGCCCAGCAGUUUUCUAGACCUGGAGAAAGUGUGGAAAAUGAUGCUUUAUAAGUGAAUUUUUUUUCGUUUUGGUCAAAUCUUAUUCAAUCUCUUGUUUUCGAAAAAAGUCUGGAAAAAGUCUUCAAUUUUGGAUCCAAAAAUCUGUACGAACCCUGAUUGUCAUGCGGGUGAGCAUGUUAAGUGCUUGCGAACGAGGUCUGCCAAGCUUCGACUUGAUGCACUGAAAAGGGACUGCUUUCUUGCUGUCUACGUCUUUGUUGGUGCAUGGUAUAAAAAAGAGGGACUGAACUAUGUUACUAAUAACCAUAAAGCAAUUCAUUCUGAAAAUCUUAGAAGUCCGUCAUGUUUGUGAAUUAGUGUUGCAAUUAAAAUGCACUCGAAUUAAGUAAUUUAGCUUUUGAGUUUGUCAUUGGCAUGCGGUGUGAUUGUCGUCAAGUCACGGGCCACUUUCCUAAGGACUACGAAGUAGAGCGGAAUGGCAAUCAAUGAAAAGGACAUGCUGAGAUCAAAUAAUCAGCCAAUUACAACAUACCCACACAGUGGAAUAAACUAAUCAGAUCGAAGUAAACACAUGCAGCUAGCGAAAAGCGCGGGAAAUUGCUUGCCUUAUUACUAGCAAUAGUUUACAUAUGAUUGGUUGAGAGUUUUAGCCAAUCGCAAAGCACAACAGAGCAAACCCAAGCAAUCGCGAAAUCCUAUUUCGGAAUUACUGCUGUGAUUUAGCAAUGCAAUUCCCGGCUGUGUGUUUUGAAAAGCCUUUCACAAGAAUAAGAUCACAGUGCAAACACCAGCCAAUGAGCACUGAACGCUUGAUUUUUCGAGCAUUUCGAGUUUCCAGUCAAGUUUUCUGAAUACUACUGAAAUAUUUCAGAGAAAAUUUUGAAACAGUCUCCAGACUGAUUCAUUUGUUUUCUCGUUUCUUAGGAUUACUGGUUUGUUUCAAUUUACCUGGAAAAUACACUGGUCGAGUAGGGACUGGGGGAGAACCAACGCCAAGGUAGGCUUCGCACUGACCACGGUCAAGCACUGACCAAGGUUUACCACUUUCAUCUUUCAUCAUGUCAAAACUUUCGGAGGGUCGUUACUUUUGGAAUACCCUGCGAGACAAGCCACGUGCACGACUUUGUAAGCGCUAAAAGCCAUGCUAGAGAGAAACCUCUGCUCGCAGAGUACUCGGAUCAGUUUGGUAUCGCUUGUUAUGUCUAUCAUUUCCCUCAUUUCUUGCAAAAAAAGAAAUUACACUUUGUACUUUUGAGGUGGCUUCUUUCGUAGGGUCGUUGUUUUCGGAGGGAUGGGUACUUUUUGGGAUUUGUUGACACCUGUGAAAUUUUAUGGCUACUUUCGGAGGGUCUUUACUUUUGGAACUUUACGGUUUAUUCGCCAGUUUAGAAACGAGAGGAAACUGGGUCGAGUUCACUUUCGCAAAGACUUCUGGGACAGUUACCAGGGACAGGGAGAAAAAUUGGCCAAUAGCUGACCGGCGCGUCCCCAGUAACUAUCCCAGAAACAAUUGCGGGACGCAUUUCGGCUCCAUUUCCCUUCUCGUUUCUAAAGUGGUAAAUGGUCAUAGUGUUUUGGAAUUUGUUUGAAGAAGGUCUGUUUAUUUCAUCAUUGGGCGCUUUCCAUUCUACCAAAAGGUCGGCUUUGAAUUUUCGACAACUUCCAGUAGCGAAUGGAACAGCAUUUUCCAAAAUUUCCGUUAAAGAGGUCAACCUCGCGAGGUACACCCAAAUUUUCGAAAAAUUUUUUCCCGGAAGUUUUCUUUCCAUUCCACUUUGCUCCUGGAAUUUCUAGGAUUUUCGGUUGAAUGUUUUGCAUUUCGGAAAUUCAACAGUGAAAUCCCGGGAUAUUUCUGUACCAUUUGCCUCUGUUACCAAUUUUUCGAAAGUUUUGGUUAAAUGGAAAUCGCCCAUUUAGUUUCUUGGAGUACCCCUUAUUUUUGUUUGCUGUUGUCACCAGGUCUCUAUCGGCGUUUUCGGCGUACAGUUCUCGCCCCAGUAGCGGACCAGCCCUUCCCCCUCUCAUCAACAGCUCCCUUCAGAAAUCUCAUCACCGACAUACAUUCAGUUCAUUUGGUCAGCAGUCGACUGUAAGGACCAUGUUCUAUAGGACACUUAGUCAGGUUUGUUUGUGAAGCAUGGUUUUGAUUCGUCUCUGUUAUCUACAAAGGAAAGAACUUUUUCAGGAAUGUAAUGUAGAGUUAAAUCUAUGUGAUGCUAACUGAUCUCAGUAACAACAAAAAGGAGACGAGGCCUAAUGGAGUGAGCCGUAUAUAGAACAAUUCCUUUUGAUGUAUACGUCCUUAAACAGUUGUGAAUAAUACACGACUUUCUCGGAAAUUUCUUUAAUUUGAUUGGCUGAUGACAGUUGUUUUUCAGGCUUGGUUUAUAAUAGAGGAGAUUCUGGAUUCAUGGCGAAUACGGAACGUUUUGGUACAAUAUCCCUUGUUUGGUCGCGUGUGCGGAGAUUUUAAAUCCUGAAGAAAAAAAAUGAAUACUUUGUAUCCGAAUGCAUGAAUGUUCUUGGAUUAACGGAUGUGUUUAAACGCCUGUGAAUUCAAAUACCCAAGUGUAAUAAAUACAAUAAAAAUAUUCGUGACCCGGAGAAAUGUCCUCAAGUGUAAAACUACAAUCGGCGACAAAAUUGCUGAGAGAACAAAGUUGGGCUGUUUGUUGCUUUCUACAGGUAGCGCUUACAGCAGCACAACAUUGUUUAGUGGGGGUAGGGAAGGGAAAGCUUCCUAUUUCCCUUUUGAAGUAGGUACUAUCGGCUAAAGAAUAGAAAGGCCUUUUAGGGCAAAGUGUCUCAACUAAUUUUGUCGCCGACUCUAGCUUCAGCUUUGUUUGAAAAAACUACAUGUGAAAACGUAGUUUCCAAGUUAGCCAUAAUCCAGGCAAAGUCAUUCCGUCUGGAAAAAUGGCGAGAAGUUUUCCAGAGUUUCAAAUUCAAGAGAUAAACGAGUUAAAAACAUUCGGAAAACCCGUCGCCAAGCAAGUGUAUGGUAAGUUUUGCUACGUUUUUUUUUCAGCAAGAGGAUUUACAAGAGAUGCAAAAGUACGGUGGAGUGCCCUCACGAAAAAGUGAUGUUGGUCUUGUUGUGAUUCGUGACGUAAGCGCCAUGAUGCCCAUACAUCAGUCACUGGGCCAGGCCUACACGUGAGUAUUAUAUACCACAAUCUUGAUCACAGGUUGCUUUAUUGCCUAGUCUCUGUGCGGCUUUUACUUAGGCCUUCUCGGUCAAUUCACUUUGGUGACGUAUCCGAGACGAACGGACGGGAAACGGCCACACUUCGUCCCUUGGACCACGUGACCCGAAAAGUAUUGGCCGCGUGGCAAGGUGCCUUAGUGGACAUUUUGAGUUUGGGCUGAAGACUGGGUAGGUGUUUUGUCGAAUUGCACUAUGGGAAUGUUUUAGAGAGGCCAUCGCUUCUUCCAUUGGCUAUUACAAAGCUGCGCAGGAAUCUGGAUUAAAUUCCGUUCCCCAAAACUGUCCCAUAGUGCAACUGGAUAUAACAUCCACCCAGUCUUAAAUGCGACGACCUUAAAUAGCCUAUGAGACAUUUCAACAGAGGAUUCUAUGAAAUGUGCCUCGUGAACUUGUUUUCGGUGCGGGUAUUGCUGGGGUUGAUUUGGGUGAGCAAGGAUGUCUGUUUGUUUUAAUUUUAUAGUAAGAAACAAGCCACACGACAAGAUAAAGCGGUUAAACAGCGUUCACUGGCUUUGCCGUUGCGUGUAUUUAAACAGUGGAAUCGAACAACUUCUAAAUAUUUAUUUUUGUGAAGGCUCACACCUAAGCUAGAUCCAGUACUAGACGAGAGUCGCCUCACCUCACCUUGCCUCUUCCUGCUCCGUUACGCAUAAGGCCUCCGACCCAAGUGUUGAGCCUUAACAUGGUAGGAGGGCUGUGUACCUUGAAGACCCUGGAAGUUAUACCACUUUGGACUUUGGUCCCUGGUGAGUUCAACUGUGCUGAGGAGGUUGUGGGUGAAAGACCAGACGAAUUGCAAUUCCUGGGCCUCCAGGUUGGGGGCUAGGUUGGGCGAUGUCUUAAUGUCCCAUCCCCGUAAAAAAGUCUGAUUAUUACUUAAACCACUAGAUGAAAGUAUCACACAAAUAGCUGGGUUUUUUUUAAUUUCAUUAAUAAUAAACUAAUUUUUCCCAAGGCUUGAGGGAAAUGACAUAAGUGACAUUUGCAAGAAGAACCUCUCAGCUGCCAUGACAACGGGACGCAAAGAUUUGGUGCAAACAUGGUCUCUGAUGAGCCUCAUUCUCGACAAGAAACUUGCGCCCUCUGAUGACUCAAUGGACGAGGCGCCCUGGGCACUACAUCCCUUUGGAAAGAAGAUGGUUACUUCACUGUAAGUAGAUCACAUUCGUACCUUCUAAUUCGCUUCGCUCAAAGCUGGUGGAAUUGUUUGUACGCGUUCGAUGCACGAGAGAAAAAACCUUUAGUAUCCAGGGUAUCCCGCUGGCUACGCAGGCUACUCAAAACCACAAAAAAAAAACAAACAAACAAACAAAAACACGACUGGCCAUUCAUCGCCAUCAGAAACCCCGCUAGUAUUUUCUUGAGCCGUGUCUCCGAAAUUAGGCAUCUUCAAAGAGACUGUACACGAUACGAAACUGAAGUAAUAAUUUAGAAGCUCGAAAGGGCGGGGUUGCACGCGAGAGCGAGAGAGAAAGAGAACAAACUCCAACAGCAUGUUUAAUAGGUAAAACCAACCAAUCGGAAGCGACUAUAAGCGCACCGAGAAACUGAGGUGGUAAACUGGAAUAAAGAAUUCGAGGCUAAAAUACCAGUGGAAAAUAUGUAUAAACGCACCCACGUUUUUGCUUGAAUUAAGGAGAUUUUCAUGUGACUUUCAUCAGUUAACUGAAACAACUAAAGAAUUACUCUAAUAAUAUUGAGUUGUAGACUUUUGGAGAUUGUCUACAGGGUGCAAAGAAAAUCAUUUUUACAGCUUGCCAUUCGGGCAAGCUAAAGCUAGCAUCUACUAGCCCGACGUCAUUUUAACUAGCCCCAAAAACUUUUUGACUCGCAGAAUUGAUUUCACAGUUCUUCUGUUAAUCGAAUUCCUCAAAGAACUUCACUUGCCCGUCGGGCAAGUUAAAAACAGAAUUCACUAGCCCCGGGCUAUUGGACACUACUUUCUUUGCACGCUGGUCUAUGAGCACUCGCGAGGAACGAGGGACUAGCCGAAGUACACGUUUCGGCGCUUUGUUUCCUUGUUACACGCGGCUCGAAGAUUGCGUGCUGACUCACCUGAGUAAAAGAAUUGAUAAGAGUCCAAUCUAAACCUAAUCUAAUAACAUGUUUUUCGACGUUUGUGAAGUCGUGGCGGUGGGGGGGGGGGGGGGGGGACGACGCUAGUGUAUUGGUCACGAAUCAAGUCCAAAUAUCUGAAGCAGUCACCUGGGAAAACAGUUUGAUGGCCAUAAUAAAAGCAACUACUGCUUGUACCAGUUAUAAGAGGCUCGCUUCUUUUUUGUAUCAAGACUCUUCUUGGCAAGAAGUAUAGAACAUCAUUGUCUGGGAAAACCCAGCAGGCACCUGUACUUGAUCAAUUUUUGGCAACUUUUGUUUCAGUCAAUAACAAGAUGCCUUAUCAGAGACAGACUCCUUUAAGCAUUCUCUUCAAACAAACAACAUUUUUGGCAAGGGCUAAAAUCCUAAUAUAGCCCUGACUGGACCUAUUUUCAACAAAACACGUACUUUGAUAAAUUCCUGCGGCCAGUAUUACAUUCUGAAAACGAUGCCAUUCUGAGACAAACAAAUUCUUGGCAGGAACCCAAAGCCAAACACGGAAACAAUAUUUUUGAUCUUGUAGUAUGUGGUCAUGUUUAUCUCAUUUCCUCGAUUGAACACCGGAUCUCGGCUAAUGAACAAUUUUGGUCAGCCCCUCCACCGUGUUUUGUUUGUAUUGUUUGAUUUCAACCGGAACGGUAAAGAUUCAUCGGCACUGGCUCUGUAAUCAGUGAACUUGCGUGAGUUUGAUAAUAUGUCUGAAACGUGGGCGGAUAUAACUCCUGGAGCACGCAAAUAUAUAGACGUUUGGAUGGUGCGGUGGGGGCGAGAUCUUGUCCCCGCCCCUUUACCUUGCGGAGCAACAUCGUCGUUAUUUUUCGACCAAUUUCUCUCAGACUUGGCAAGGUUACUGCCUUGUAAGGCGUUACUUUCCAGCGGUGUUCGUGGAGUUUCGCUAUCUGGUUCAUGUGGAAAGUUGAAACAACAACGAUUUCUAUUCCACAUAGUUUAGAUACAACGGUAAUUACACACUCAGUUCAUUAAUUACAGGUAUAAUAAAUCGGAAAAAACCCUUGUUCUAUAGCAAGGCUGGCACCAUGACGUACAGAGGGGCUCUGUUUAUCAAGCCUACAUUUCAACUAAUUCUGGUUCCCUGAUUUCGGAGUUUUUCUUUUUUUAAUCCCAAAUAAUGCAAAGUCUGAAAACUGGAGUUGUAAAUAAACCCCUUGGACAUUUAUUUUUGGAAUGAAAUCUAUAGGUGUAAUGAAAAAGAAAACAGAAACUAACUAAAUAGCCGAAAUAAGUAACUAAUUGGAUGUGCCAACAUAACCAUUCUCUAUUUUCGAAUCCCCUAUAAGACACUCUGUUUGCCCCCGAAACUGUUGUUUUCAAAACUUCCUUUGAGGUCCGCAUAUUCCCAAAAGUAUUUGAAAACAAUAAGUUAUUCAGAUGUGGGGCGUUGGCGGGGGGGGGACAAACAGAGUGUAUUAUAGGGGAUGCGAAAGUUGUCAAUUCACAUCCUCUAGCUUUGGAAAUUGAAAAUGAUGUCAAUUUUUUGAAGAGAUGUUUUUAAUAGCGAGGGCAUAUCGAAUCGCGUUAUAAUGGAGAAUUCAGGUCACUGAAGUCGCUGAAGAUCACUUGUCUACUCUCUCAAAAGACAAGAUAUGGUCACGAUGAGACUUCCAUAUUAUUAGAAAAGAGUCUAAACAUAUCUUUUACCCAGAUUUGCGACGUUGUUUAGACUUUGUUUAGCACACUAAAAGCUUUAACUUUAAACCCAUUACCCUGUUUUAGUCUCCUCUGCUCUCUGAAUCUGGCAGUAAAAAACCGCUUUUUAUCAAGAGUUCUUUUCAACCUUUCUUGGUCUUUUAUGUCCUGUGUAUGUAUCUGUAGGUGUUUUAAGCGGCUGUUACGCCUAGUCUCCGUUGACUAUAUUCCCCUUAAGAUGAACUAAGUUUUCUUUCGUUCAUACAGUUUUAUCUAUUCAUUAAUACCGAGAUUCUCAAUGUUUUUCUCACUGUUUUCCGAGGGGAUAGUCAUUAAGGGCUAUGUUUUUUAGUCCUCACGAAGAAAACGUCUACAGUACAGUUCAAUUUUAAUACAAUAACUCUUAGCGAGCGGUCCAAAUUCGGGGCUAACAGGUUACUUUUAGCCUCUGACGGCAUAAAGUUUGUAGUAUUACCCUUUCUCAGACUUCUGGCGGGAAACAGUUUUGUUGUUAGAUGUCAUGCGACGGAUUCUUACCUCAAAGAACCUAAUGAGAGAGCGCAUUUGGUAUUAACAAAAUUAUUUAUUUAUCUCCAGCAUGGAUUAUUACCUAAGCAUCCGGGACAUACAGACUCUAGGGAUGCUGUCAUGUGUGUUGGCUCAUCACUCACUCCCAGACUCCUUCAAGCCGCCGAAAAGUAUCUUCAAGCCGGAUAUUAUUCCCUUGAGCAAGUCCUUUACGUUUGGUUCUUCACCAUCAUACAGUGACCCACCAUCACAGGUAAACAAUGUUAUAGCCGUUUCUCAUUCAUAGAGCGGUUUUCAAUUUCGGUGAGUGGACUGAAACUUGCCUGAAGCGGAGGAGUUUAGCCAGUGUUUAACAAAACCGCGUUUUAAGCCAUUUUCAGUUUGGCGAACGCUUUUAUGUAAACACCACUUAUCGUGAACAGUUUCAUUAAAGCACAGAAAGUGGACUAGAAAAGCAUUGGCCUUCUUAAAAUAACCCACUAAGGAAGAAAUCUGGAGGUUCCAAGAUUCCCUAAACCGCGGUCUAAGUUAAACUUCGUUUAAAUAACCGACCCACUGUUUUUUUAGACGUUCUCGUUGCCGUCGCAUCGUUGAAUCAUAAAGUCCCUAAUUCGACCCUGAUGUGUCCUCUGAUUGUUUGCUCUCUUAUUGUUACUUGCAGUCUUUCAAGCGCCCCAAGUCACUUAGUAACGUCACGGACCAUGCUGGACACGAAUCCCCGUCAAGUGAGUGGAGCGAAGUUACGUUCCCUCCGCUGAGUGGUGGAUGGUCGCCACCAGUGUUUAUCCGCACAAAGGAUCCUCGGGAAGAACAGCGAAAACAAUACGAAAAGGACUGUCGGUAAGUAAGACAAGAAAGACUACCAGAAAGAGAUUUUUUCAAUACUAAGUAGUGUGCACUCGUGAACCAGCGUCAUUUUGGCGGGAAAACGGUAUAGCCGUCGUCAUUACGCUACAGGUUUUUAUGCGGAAAGGAGUUAUCAAAUGUCAGAAGUUUUAUCAUUUUGCGAUCGUCAGGGGGCUUAACCUCCUUCAAUAAAAGUAACCGUGUUAUCUUUUCUGGGGAAAAAUUGAAAAUGAAGCUGCUCGGGGUCUUUGUUUUUUCAGAAUACGCGCGCGAAAAAAACUUUCAGCCACAUCUCGUCCUCGAAUCCAAAGGUCUCUAAUACCGUUGACAAUUAAACCAAUUUUUUCGUUUAUUUGUGUCUUUACGUCGGUACUUUUCCAGAUUUGUUGAUGCUUCGAAGCUUCGAUUGCAUGAUCAUUACAUAAAGCAGUACGCUGAUGUGUUGUACCGCUGGAAUCUACUGGGCAAAAGAGCUGAAGUCAUCAAGUUCCUUAGUGAGGCGCAACAACCACACAGCGGUGUUGGUGAGUCAAGUCCUUGGUAUUGCAAAUAAUAAAAGGUCUCAUUUGACCAUGAAUACAAGCUUUGUUUUCCUCAAAUUCUUUCAUAAGUCGCUCGAGUUUUCUAGUUUCGGGCUUAAACGAGCUGUGCCACGGCAGUCCAGUUCGUUUUGUUUAAUUUGCUGUUUACCCGCCCUCAAUCGCUCUGGAACUUAAAGUAAGCAAAGAAAUCACAGGUAAAUGACAAAAUCAGAGAUCCAAGACAAACAAAUAUGUCUCCUGAGCAUUAUUUCUGAAGUUGCAAGCAGCAGGGCUCAACUUUGAAAAACUGUUAGGCUGAACAGUUUUCAAAAACCCUAAUUUCAAUCCGUUUCUAUCUUCUUCAGUUUUGCCCAUCCGUGGCAUCUGUUGUUUCUGGUAUGUUAUUUUAACCUUCCGUUAAAGUUUUAAGAGGUUAUUUUUAUGUUUCUCUUAAUUUAACGGGCAUUUUGUAAUUUCCUUAUUUGGCUGAAUUUCGUGACACAGCUCCUUUAAAUACUUAACUUGUUGCAUAACUAAACCCAACAAACAUAGGCAACAUAAUGAAGAAAGUGGACCUUGUAAAAGAAUGGCAAUGGAUGCCCCUUGGGAACAAACACACAAACCAAAGCGACUGCGACAAAACUGUUUUCUACGCUCUCUAUCACUCACUGAUAUCAGUGAUAUCUCUAGAGUCAGACGUUUUGUUGUUUCGUUUUAGAAUUCAGUACCAGAUGUUACAGUUGCUCACAGAAGCUGCGAGGAGCUCAGUGUUGGUCUUGCAAAGCCAUGGGACUACAGUGCGUUAUAUGUCACGUUGCUGUCAGAGGUAAGAAUCAUCUUGAAAGUGGCCGGUCAACCGAACGCCCCGCCCCCCCCUUCACCUUCCCCCCGUAACGCCGCCUCUCCACCCUACCUUCUAAUCAGCAGGCUAAAUUGCAGAGUGCAGAAUUUUCUAGCCUGCGAAAACAUCCGUUUCUCCUCGCUCUUCGCCGCUGGGGACGUUACGUCCCCAGCGGCGAAGAGCGAGGAGAAACGGAUGUUUUCGCAGGCUAAGAAUUUUCUAGGUGAGUUUCGAAUUAGCAAAAUUCAUACUUAGCUCUGAGGCUGAGAGGAAUGAAACCAUUAAAAGAUUUAUUCAUUCCUGAAUCUAAAUGCAAUUUCUUUUGUUUUAUUCCCCUGAGACUUGGAGACAAGUGUGAAGUUUGGUAAUUCGAAACUGGCCCAUUUAAGGCCUCUUUUAGGAAGGCUUCUGAUGGCAUUUUGUGCCAAGAAGUCACUUUCUUGGGUUUAUCCGAAAAAGUGACCACGUUUCCCUACGGAAGGCUCAGGGAAAAUAUUAAAUGAUGAAUAUGUGAAUUUCACAAAUAUUUGAACCGCGGAAUAAAGAAAUAAAUGUAAAUAAGAUCGUCGCAGUUAACUUAAGCAGUUACGAAAAGAAAGCGUGAAAAUUUUUAGGCUUGCCAAGAUUCCAACCCUGAUCCCUGCGAUCCUGCGCCGGUGCAGCGCGCUAGCCAAUUGAACUAACUCUGCGAAAAUUUUCUUUGCUUUUAGAGAAAAUAUUGUUAUUUUUUUGUUUAUUAUGUGUUUGAACUUUUUCAGGAGCCAGUAACUUCUGUGUCGCAUGCGGCCAUGGAGGACAUACGUAUCAUUUGAAGGCAUGGUUCGAAUCAAUGGACGUGUGCCCUUCUGGGUGCGGCUGUAGGUGCUUAGAAGUUGGCACGUUUAUUGUAGACUGACCAUGGUCCCACGUGUUAGUGUGCCAGAGAACGAAAUAAGGAAUGUGGAAAAGAAAGGAACAAUAUUUGUGCCAAGAGAGUACCAUAAACCCCUUGAUGAUACAGAAAACAAUUUGCUGUCAUGCCUACCGAGGGCUACAGCCUAAAGCGUACCUAGAACAGCUAGAACAGUAUGGUCUUCUAUGCGCCAUUUAGGGCGUGUUUGGGCUGACAGAUCAGGCCCUACUUAAUACCAUGGUGCUUUGUCGCUGGCAAUUUGAAUCGUCGUCAGCUUUACCCUGACUACUGUGGCUCCAGAGGUCCGUUUAUAAAGAAAAUGAAAACUAGUUGUGACUUUCGCGAUCGUCUUCAUGACGUACAGUUAUCUUGGUACUCUAUUUACCACAGUGGAGUUAGACGGAAUUAUGAUUGUGAUAAGUAUUGCCAUGGACAUUAAGACAAAGAACGUGGCGGUUUGAGUUCCGACAGACAUCGUCUAAUGAUACCUCCGCCGCCACAGGCGAGAGCUGUUAUAAACAGUAAGGUACAUUGCGUACAUUUCUAUGUCACGGUGACAAUUGUUUAACGCAAGGCCGGUUCAAAUGUUGUGACAUGAUAACGUAACAUUAUUUGUUAAAGUUCGACAAUAGAGUGACUUUUGGAGAAAGGAUUUUUUUUAUACAGCGUAUUUGGUUCGACCCAAUCUGACAGCUAGAUUUGUCUGAAUGACAAAUGAAAUCAGCCUGACAAAUAUAGCAGGCUCUUGUAAUAAGGAUCAAUUUACUGUUUUUAAGUUUUUAAAAUUUGGUACAGUCAGGUGGUCUCUGUUAACCUAGUUGAAUUGUCGUGGCAGUCGCUAAAAAACUGAGUAGAGAGAACUGAUUGACCUUGCUCACAUAAGAAAAUUGUAAAAUAAACA